UGUGCAGCAGCACCAACUGAGCCAGAAGCUGUGGUGAAGAAGUACCUGGAAGAGCUGAAGGGCACUCCCUCCGACGAGGACUGCAUCAUCUGCAUGGAGAAGCUGUCCUCCCCGUCGGGCUACGGCGACACCUGCGAGAGCAGCACCAUCAAGGCAGAGACAGUCGGUCGCCUGGCGAAGUGCCAGCACUCCUUCCACAUGAUCUGCGUGCUGGCCAUGUACUCCAACGGGAACAAGGACGGGAGUCUGCAGUGCCCCUCUUGUAAAACGAUCUACGGAGAGAAAACCGGUACGCAGCCCAAAGGGAAGAUGGAGGUCUCCACUUUGCCCCAGUCCCUCCCUGGCCACAGGGACUGCGGGACAAUCCAGAUUGUGUAUCAUAUCAGCAGAGGCAUUCAGGGCCCUGAGCACCCCAGCCCUGGGAUGCCGUACACGGCAAGAGGCUUCCCUCGCUAUUGUUACCUGCCGGACAAUGAGAAGGGCAGGAAGGUCCUGGAGCUCCUGAGGGUGGCCUGGAAGAGGCGCCUGAUUUUCACGGUGGGCACCUCCAAUACCACGGGCGAGAGCGACACGGUGGUGUGGAACGAGAUCCACCACAAGACGGAGAUGGACACCAACCUGAGCGGCCACGGCUACCCCGACCCCAACUACCUGGACAACGUGCUGGCCGAGCUGGCCGCCCAGGGCGUCACCGAGGACUGCCUGAGACAAUGAGCUGGGGGGGUCCGGCUGGGCCGGGCACGCGUCGGGGUCCCACCUCGUGCACUUACUCCUGUUGCCUUAAGUUCCUGUGUCCGAGCGCCCAUCACACUGAGCAAUAACACUG